AUGGCAGCGGGACGGCUCCGCGGCCGCCCCGCGGGGAGCCGGGUUCAGCUCGCCGUUCUUGUUAUGACAGCAGUUACUUUCACUUCUGCAAUGAUUCAAAAUACAUCUGAGAUUACAUGUGUGUUUAUCAGCCAGAAGGAUGAAGGUUCAGGAACACCAGAGACAUUGGUAUCUCCUAAGUUUUCUACCAUUUUGGAAGAUCUUGGGUGUUACUUGAAUUCUCAAGGAGCAGAGAACAUCUAUGAACCAACUAAAAAUGUGGAAGUCAAUAUGUUUGAAGAUAUUGAAUUAAGAGUGAUAAUGAACAUUUCAGAGAUCAUUUCAUGCUUUUGGUUCUUUAAAGAGAGCAAAGCUUGUAAACCUUCAUUGGACCCGGAGAAUCGAUAUGUUACGUCUUUGGCUUUUUCCCAAAUAAAAGAAGGACAAGCUGGAAAAUACACCCUCUCGGUCACAAGUAAAACCAGCAAUUACACAAUAGUUGUGCCUGUUCUCAUCCGAAAGAAACCAGGCAAACCCUAUUUCAGGAAAAGGGAAAAAUCGGAUGUUAUCGAGUGCAUAUCUGAGAGCUACCCCCAGCCCUCUGUGGAGUGGAUAUUUUGCAAAACACCUGAAAAGAGUUGCCCUGAUAAAAUGCAUGAAGAAACUGGGGAAAUAGAUGGCAUACAGAAGGUACAACAUGAAUUAUUUCAAACUUAUAUAUGGUGCUGUGCAGUUAAUGACCUGGGCAGAGAAUGUGCCAGCCUCUUUACAAUAGAUUUAAAUGAAAGACAACCAGCACCUUUACCUGAAUUACUUCUUAAAGUCGGGGAACCAUUGCUGAUCAGAUGCAGAGCUGUUCACCAUAAUUAUAAAUUUGGAAUAAAAUUAUCUUUUGAAAACAAAGAAGUUGAGCAGGAUCGCCAGUUUGAAGGAUUAGAAUAUCAAACAGAUCACUCAGCAGUUCGGAUCCAGUAUGCAUUUGCUUCAGCGGCAGGAAGAAGUGAUAGUGGACAUUAUACCUGUUCUUCUACCGUUCAUCUGAAUCAAACUGCUUUGGUUACAGUUUUAGAAAAAGGAUUUAUAAAUAUAACCAACUCUAAAGACGAUUUUGAAAUUGGUGAGGAAGAGUUUUGCUUUGAAGUUAACUUUACAGCAUAUCCACCAGUUAGAUGCAUGUGGCUAUCUUCCCAAAAAAUGUUUCCAUGUAAACAAAGUUACAGUGUGGAUGGACGCAGCAUUUCGUCAAAGUUCUGCAACCAUCAGCACCAGUCUGGGAUAUAUGUAUUUUAUGCCGAAAAUGAUGAUACGGUUGUGACAAAAAAAUUCACUCUGUACGUGAGAAGAAAGCCUGAAAUAACGAUGCAGUUGUUGUUCAAGCAGAUCUCCUGCUUCGCUGACAGUUACCCUGCCUCAUCCUGGGUUUGGAGGAACUGUCCCAAACUGAACUCAUCCAUCUGUACAGAAGAAAUCACUGAGGGGAUUCACAACUUCUUGCCAGAGAGGAGAUCCCUGGGGUCGUGGAUUUCAAGCAGUACUUUAGAAGUAAAGGAGACAGCAACAACCUUCUCCGUGGAGUGCUGUGCAAACAAUUCUGCCGGUUCAGCCUGUGAAAGGAGUUUCAUUAACCUGUCAGUUGCAGGAGCUGUUUCUUCCCCCCCGGACAAUGCUGCAUUCUAUGUCUCUGUUGGAUUUUUCCUCCUAUUGAUCGCUUUUUUGUUUGUAUUCAUUUUUCAUAAAUACAAAAAGCAAUUCAGAUAUGAAAGCCAGUUGCAAAUGAUACAGAUGAUAGGGCCAUCGGAUAACGAGUACAUCUACAUCGACUUCAGAGAAUUCGAAUAUGACCUCAAGUGGGAAUUUCCCAGGGAAAAUCUGGAAUUUGGACAGGUCCUCGGUUCUGGGGCUUUUGGGAGAGUGGUGAAUGCGACAGCUUAUGGAAUUAGCAAUGCAGGAGAUUCAGUCCAGGUCGCAGUCAAAAUGCUAAAAGAAAAACCUGAUGCUUCAGAAGAAGAUGCUCUAAUGUCUGAGCUGAAAAUGAUGACUCACAUUGGAAGCCAUGAAAAUAUUGUGAACCUACUAGGAGCUUGUACUGUGUCAGGACCAAUCUACUUGAUAUUUGAAUACUGUUGCUAUGGUGACCUUCUAAACUACUUAAGGAGCAAGAGAGAAAAGUUUCACUGGACACUGACAGAUAUUUUUAAACAGCACAACUUCAGCUUUUACCACAAUAUCCAUUUGGACCAAAAUUCCAGGAAGGGAACUCACCUGAAGUACAGUGUGAAUACGACUCUGUGCAGAGAGGAUGAAUUUGAAAUCACACAAAGAAGUCAAAACAUGAAUGUGACACCUGGAUCAAAUGGGAUUGCGCUGUAUUCUGAGGAAGAUAAAAUUAAGCAUGCAAGCAGACAGAUGGAUGAAGAAGAGGAUUUUAAUGUGCUCACUUUUGAAGACCUUCUUUGCUUCUCUUACCAAGUUGCCAAAGGAAUGGAGUUUCUCGGGUCCAAAUCGUGCAUUCACAGAGACCUCGCUGCCCGGAAUAUACUAGUGACCCAUGGAAAAGUGGUGAAAAUAUGUGACUUCGGCCUUGCCAGAGAUGUAGUGAACAACUCCGACUACAUUGUCAGGGGCAAUGCUCGUUUACCAGUUAAGUGGAUGGCUCCUGAAAGCCUAUUUGAGAGGACGUACACAAUGAAGAGUGAUGUCUGGUCUUAUGGAAUAUUGCUGUGGGAAAUAUUCUCUUUGGGUGUAAAUCCCUACCCUGGUAUUCAGGUUGAUACAAAAUUCUACAAAUUAAUACAAAGUGGAUUUAAAAUGGACCCACCGUAUUAUGCUACAAAAGAUGUCUAUCGCGUGAUGCAGUUCUGUUGGGCCCUUGACUCCAGAAAAAGACCCUCUUUUUCUUGGCUGGUUUCCUCUCUUGCCUGUCAGCUGUCUGAGGCAGAAGGAGCAGUUUACCAGAAUACGAAGAAGAAUGUUUCUACACACAAUUUCAGCAUCAAAACUAAACCACGUGUAAGCAGGGAUGAGGAAUCUCUGCUAUCCCCGACUGUACUCCAGCAUGAAGACUCUGAGGUUGAAAAAUAAUCUGGGUUCUGGAUUUGAUCUCAGUAUUUUCAUAAACUCUGUGUAGCAUAAAUGUUUCAUAUGACCACUAAGAAAAGAAAAUAUUACCAACUGCUGCUCUAUUCACAUUUCUUAUGGGCCAGUCCGUAUUUGUGUUACUUUGAGGAGAAGACACAAUUCAUUUCUUUGAAUUCAGCAAACACAUCUAUCGCAAGACAGAAGCAAUGGUCUUUUCUCUGUUUCUCUACAACUGGAUAUCUAUUUUCCUGGUCUUAUGUAAAUAGCGUCUAAUCAGUGCAUUGAAUUUGGACUGUUCUUGCCACAUUGCAAGCAAACACAAGAAAAUUCAUGGGUUUUUAGUCGACGUUUACAAGCACGGAUUAUGCAUCUGAAGAGAACUGGUGUGAUUUCCAGAAGUCCUACUCACGUCUGCAUCUCCAGAUGUCAGUGAGUGUUGGAAAAAAGGCCAUUGGAGUAGCCAAGUUUAGAUGCCCAAAUUUUAAAAUAUCAGCCUUGUUUUACAAGGAACUAUAAAUCUGAGCGUGUGUAACUCUUUUAUCCUGAACACCUCCAUUGCUGUGAAGUUCCCAACAGGUGUCCGGUUCAGGUGAGUUCAUUUCAUCGAGCUUUAGGUACUUGGGUGGUCUCUAGUCAUCCAGGCUACAUUCUGCACCUGCUGAUGAGAGCUAGGCACCUACAGUGAGUGAUUCCUUUCUACCUAAAAUAGGCAUCUAAAACAAGCAGGAGGAGUAAUAUUUGAGGAUGACCUUCUGCCUCUCUGCUCUGGAAAAUCCAGAUGGCAGACUCCAACUGGAAGUCUCACUUUGGCUGAGUUAUAGCUAAUUCCAUUCUUUGGGCUUUGUGUGUUUUAAUAUCAAAUAAAAAUGUUUAAUUUAAAAGAAAUUAUCUUCUGUAGCAAUUUAGGAGUGUAAUAUCAUCACUCCCAAUUCCCAGAAGUUAGCCUGGGUGUAUGAACCCUGCUGCAAUAAAAUGUGAGUACAUCCCUAACUUUCUCCCAGACUCUCAGGACAAUAACCAGAGGCUUGAUGGGUUUUUAAUAUAGAUAAAAAGACAUGUUAUUUUCAUGGUGAGGUUUGGGGAUUUGUAAAUACAGCUUUCAUAAUGAUUAACAGGACACCUUUGUCUAUAUCACAGUGAAUCAAGAUGAGAAUAUACUGGUUAAUAGUUUUCUUUUCUUUUACAUUUUACAAGAUGCUAACUGCAGUUAGGAUUUACAGUAGCAAGUGUUAUAAGUGAAUAACUGUUUGGGUAGAAUAUGCUAUGACAUAAAUUGAGCUGCUCUUUACUAACAUUGUCUGAAAAUGAUUAAUGUAAUACAGCGAUUAUGAUUUGUAUUUUUUUGUUAACAUUGUUGAAUUAGCAAGGA